GCGGAACCUGAUAAAGCUGCUCGCUUGUCUCUCUCUCUCUCUCUCUCUGUGCGAGUGGAUAGGGUGCUAUUUGAUUUAUUCCUGGCUGGAAAGUUAAUUGCUCCGCCCCCGGGAUACCGUGUGACAUGUCAUUCCUCCUUUUGAUGUUUAUGUGUGUGUUAUGUGUGUGUGUUUGUCCGACAGUCUUUCGCCUCCUCUCCGCUUCUUCUCUACAAAACAACAAUAAUAACAACUUCAACAGGCGGCUGGAGAAGCCCAGAGCAACUUUGAUCAGUCACAAAACCCACCUUUGUUUUUAAAUGAACGUGUGUUGUUGUUCAAGAGAAGAAAUAUAGUGGGGAUUUUUUUUGUUUGUUUCUUCCUUGCCCCCCACCCCCCCUCCCAAUUUUUUCUAUGUACCAGCAACCAUGGCCGUUCCGGUUGCACUGAUCCCGCCAGCUCCGGUGAAUCAGACUCCAAUCUCGACUCCUUCAUCCUCCUCAUCUUCCUCCUCUUCAUCCUCCCCUGCGAUCACUUCCUCGGCGGCCGGAGCAGCUGCAGCGGGGCCGGGGACAGCGGGGGCAGCGCAGAGUUUGUUCCGGGCGGACGGCGGCACCAAGCCGGUGUACUCCACGCCGUCCCCGGUCGAGAACACGCCGCAGAACAACGAGUGCAGGAUGGUGGAGCUGCGGGGAGCCAAGGUCGCCUCGUUCACCGUGGACGGACACGAGCUGAUCUGCCUGCCCCAGGCCUUCGACCUCUUCCUCAAGCACCUGGUCGGCGGGCUGCACACCGUCUACACCAAGUUGAAGAGGCUGGAUAUAACGCCCGUGGUCUGCAACGUGGAGCAAGUGCGGAUCCUGCGGGGUCUGGGCGCCAUCCAGCCCGGGGUCAACCGCUGUAAGCUCAUCUCCAGGAAGGAUUUCGAAAUCCUCUACAACGACUGCACCAAUGCCAGAUGUCUCACAUUUACAGUGAGUGGACAGGCGGAGCCAUUUAAAAUGCACUCUUCUAAACUGAUGGGGAAAAGUCCUAUCUUGGGUUGCAGAAACUUUCUGUAUCCAGUUAAUUUCUACUCUAGUUCCAGGCCAGGAAGACCUCCUAAACGAUCUCAGAGUGUUACAUCCCCUGAGAACUCCCACAUUGUGCCACACAGUGUCCCUGGUCUAAUGUCCCCAGGAAUGAUCCCACCUACAGCACUGUCACAUGAUUAUCAUAAAGGAUGGAUGGGAGUUGGUGCCAAGAUGCUGCAGGGAAGGGGAAAAAAACACAGUCUUACAGCAGCAGCAGCAGCUGCAGCGGCAGCAGCUACCAAUGCUGCCAUAGCAGAGGCAAUGAAGGCAAAAAAGAUCAAAUUAGAAGCCAUGAACAGCUUCCAUGGUAACAGUAACCAGCAUGGUGCAGAGUCUGAAAAUGGUGACAUGAACUCCAGUAUUGGUAGCAGCGAUGGCUCCUGGGAUAAAGAUAAACUGCAGUCUCCCACUGGCCCAUCGUCACAGGGCUCUGCCAGUCAUCCUCCCCUCUCCAGCCAGCACAACCUCGCAGUAAACCACUCCCUCAACUCCCUGCAGCAGAACCACUUAUUACCCAAUGGUCUGGAGCUCCCCUUCAUGAUGAUGCCUCAUCCACUCAUUCCUGUCAGCCUACCUCCUGCCUCUGUUACCAUGGCUAUGAGCCAGAUGAACCACCUUACCACUAUCGCCAAUAUGGCAGCUGCAGCCCAGGUACAAAGUCCCCCUUCCAGGAUGGAAACCUCAGUUAUUAAGGAACGUGUACCUGACAGCCCUUCACCUGCUCCAUCCCUGGAAGAUGGCCGCCGGCCAGGAAGCCAUCCUUCUUCCCAUCGGAGCAGCAGUGUGUCGAGUUCACCUGCUCGGACUGAGAGCUCCUCUGACAGAAUCCCUGUCCAUCAGAAUGGAUUGUCAAUUAACCAGACUCUCCUGGGGUUGUCCCCAACCAUCCUACCUGGACCUAAGGAAGGAGAUCUUGCUUGUCAGGAUGGAGGCCAUGAAGUGAAAAGAAUGCACCCUGAAAAAGAUGAAGUCCUGAUUUCUACUCCAACCACAAGGGAGUGUUUUGAGAAGCUUUCCCUGGCUGGCCAGCACCUACCUCCAGGUUUUCCAACUCCUCUCCUCUUUCCUGAUGGACUUUCCUCCAUAGAAACUCUUCUGACGAACAUCCAGGGACUACUGAAGGUUGCCAUAGAUAAUGCCAGGGCCCAGGAGAAGCAGGUGCAACAUGAAAAGACAGAGUUGAAGAUGGAGCUGUUCAGGGAGCGGGAGAUGAGGGAAAGCUUGGAGAAGCAGUUAGCAGUGGAGCAGAAAAACAGAGCAAUAAUUCAGAAACGGCUAAAGAAAGAAAAGAAGGCAAAGAGGAAAUUGCAGGAAGCACUUGAAUUCGAAACCAAGCGAAGAGAACAAGCAGAACAGGCAUUAAAACAAGCUGCCUCUGCAGACAAUCUUCGGGUCCUGAACGAUUCGGUGACCCAAGAGAUGGAAGCUGACCGCAGCACUGGACGAACAGAUGCUGAAAGGACAAUACAAGAUGGAAGGAUGUAUCUGAAGUCAUCUGUUAUGUACUGAGACAACGGCGCAGUAAUACGCCACAUGACAUGAAAAGACAAAAGAAACAAUGUAUAAAAAAGACAAAAUACUGUCCUCUACGAACAAGCGGGUUAACUGUGCUUUUGAGACAGCUUCACCCAGUCUGCAUAACUGUGUUACUGUGUCAUCCAUGAAAUGUUUGAUGUAUUAAUGACGAGAGUCCUCUCACACCAACUGACUUCGAUGACAGAACUUGCAGAAGCAAACGCUGUUGCUGAACCAGAAAUGACUAAACUCAAAUGGUGACUAUGUUUAGGGGAUCACUCCUGGCAGGCACGCACGAAUAAAUGGCGCAAAUACAAGCUUUGUGCUUUCUCUUUUGGACUAAGUUAUGACCAGUGCUGAUGAGUACAGUGUUAAGCACAUCACGCAAAAAAAAUCAAAUACUCACCAGUAGUCAAAAAGAAGCAAACAAACUUUUCUUUUUAACAUUUGUUGUCUGCCCCUUGCCCUCCAGUGAUUUUGUGUUCCUGUUAUUGUGUUUAAAUCCAGCAAGUAAGUUUUAAAGUGUUCUUUCUUGAAUUCACCGGAACUUAACUCAUAGAAUUUGGAGGUUAUUACAAAUGAAAUAGCACUACAUCCAGGUUAUGCAGAUGUGUGUUUGAACAGGGGACAGAGAGAAAGCCACAUUAGUUAUUAAGGCAAAACUCAGAAGGUAAACCUGGCAUUGAGCUUUCUCAGCAUUAGCAAUUAAAAUGUAAAGAAACACAUAAUAAAGAAAAGUGAAUGUAAGUUGUUUUAAAAGUCACAAAAAUACAUAAUUGUGCGCUCCACCCAGACAUAAAUCUGUGAAUACUGUUUGCUUCUUCCAGCCAAGCUACUGGUCGUGUGUAUAUAUGACACAGGGAGGUAAUGUGUAUGCAGUAGAUUACUAGAGAAUAAAACUACACAGUACUUUUGAAAUUUAGAUGCUGAUAUGUUUUGUCACUCUAUUUGUUCCAGAAACUGCAUUUUUUUUUGUGAUGAAGCUCAUUAACAAAGCAUGCAGGCAUGUAAAUAUUUGUUCUCAAGUCACAGUAUUACUGAUUGGGAUCCUUGGCGUCUGCUGUGCGCCUCUGCAAAAUCAGCACGGUGGGUCAGACGUUCCUCUCUGCCUGCCACUCAUGUGAGGGGAGCUUGUCUCUAACUCUCUGAUACAGAACUGAUGAUAUUAAUUAAGAUCUGUGGCAGUUGCAGCAAGUUGGAUCAAAAUGCCACAGAAAUGUUUCUCGUUUCAUUUUUAAUUAUUAUUUUUGCGUCACCUUGAGACGUUACUCUUCAAAAAAUAAAAUAGGAACUUUGCAACACUUGAUGUAACAGUUGAAAAAAAAACCUAGCUGAGUGGUGAGUUGAAGUCUGUAUUCUCCCUGUGUAAUAGGGAAGGAUGGUUAUGUGUAAUUAUCACUGUCUUUGAUAAACUGUGUGUUCACCUUUGUGCAAAUACUUCGGAAGUAAACUCCAACACAAUGAUAAUUUGCUAGUGUAGCUUUUUCUCUUCAUUUUGCCUUUGUUCACUGCCAUGGUAACCCUUAAAAGACUCUCCUUGCAAAGAAAAACAAACUGUCACUGUUGACCAUAGUGCAAAGACAACAAGUCAAACUGUACUUUAUUGUAUCUUGUCAUUCUUCCUUGUCAUGGAUGAAUUUUGAACCAUCAAAUCUGACAAAUUGAUGGGUGUUGUAGGGCCCUGAAAAUGCUUUCAAAUUCACAGCUUAUCUAAAACUUCCCUUUGCUGAACAAUCUAUUUGAGUGACCUUGUGAAAUCUGGUUGCACUUGUCAAACUUUUGUUUUAAAGCAAGGGGCAAAAGGAUAAUAAGAGAUGUGAUUUCAAGUUCAAAAUGAACAAACAGCUCAGAAAUUUUAGAUUUCAAAUAAAAAACAAUGAGCAAGUUUAAACCUCUGACUGGGUCUAUCAACUUGCAUUCUGUGUGGAAACAAAACAUCUGUUUUUGAAAUGGCAGACCUGAAGUUCCAAAAUUCAUGAAUCUAGACGAAAAACAAUUUUUGAAUGUGCAAAGUAACAAAAAUAAUCCAGCAUGAGAUUUUAGUAUUUGUGUGAUUUGACAUAAUGUUAUGACAGAAAUCUGGAAGAGAUAUUAACAUGCAAAUUUACCACCAUGGAAUAAUCAAAGACAUAAUCUGGCAGCUGACUUUUCCAUUGUUUUCCCAAUAUUUUAGUUUCCAGGCAUAGCAUCUUAAGAAUUGAGAAAGGAAGAAUGGAUAAUGGAAGAUUCUUGUUUUUCUUAAGCAGUGAGGGUCUUGAAAGGGUUAACAACUGUGUUGAUGUGCAUUCUGGUAAAGAAAGCAAACAAAUUGUCCAUGUGAUCCUUUGUUUUUAAGACGAGAAAGAAAACAUUUAAAAACUCUUACUGAGCAUUUGUUGUUCCUCUGCUCCUUGCAUAGAGACUUUAUUUUAAUGUAGAUCACCCUGGGACAAUUACAUAACAGGACAUUCCCCAUCCCCUUCACAGAUUAAGUGCAGUUGUGAUCAGUCAUAAAGCAACAGUUAACAUGUGACUGUCAAGACAAAAACCAUACUCUGCUGAUCUAAGUCAGACAUUCCCACAUUCCAGUUGACACAAGACACAAGUGGCUGGCGUUUUGACGGUUCAUUAGGUAUCAUCAUUUGGUUGAAUUGUUUGAGAUGCCAAGCACUUUGGUUUUGGAAACAGAAGUGAAAAGGGUAAAAGGAAGCUUAUUUAGGAACCCAAAUUUUGGAGUUUCAAAAGAAAGAAUAUUUUAGAAUAUUAAUGCAGGAUUUCAAGGAAACAUGUCAUAAAAAGAUUGUGCUGUAGGUUUCUUUCUGAAUUACCCCAAUUUUAUUGUUUAUUAGAAUCUCUCCAUUGACUCCCAGUACAAUUCAUUUUCCCAUUAUUGUUUAUAUAUGUUUUUCACAUGAACAUUUUAAUGUUUAGCUAUCCUGUAUUAUAACCACAUUUGUGCUCUAUGCAAGCCCUUGGAACAGAACACACUCAUCUUCAACUAAGACAUACGAAAAUUGUCUAUUUUUAUCUAUAUAUUUAAAGUUUUCUAAAAAAAGGUUAUUACGAAUUUUGUUGUACAAAAUCUGUACAAAAAAAUCUGUUUUUACAUCAUAAUGCAAGAAAUCGAGAUUUUUCUAUGGUAGCUUAGUUAUUUGAGCCUGGUUUAAAUGUGAGAACCACGUUAACUGUAUUGUAUUUAAUUUCCUUUCUUUUCAACAAUCUGCUAAUAAAAUUGUCUGAAAUCUC